CACCAGAAAACCCCUGUAUAAACACACCACGGAAUUAGCCUAGAACCAAGCCCUCGCUGUCCAAGAUGAACGUCUCAGAAUAUAACUUACGAUAUCGGAACAACUUCCAAAAUGCCCAGUCUAAUCAAUCCAAUCCAUCCAGUCCUCCACUCCCAAACUCCGCCAAACGAAAGCCCCUCCCAUCAAUCCCACACUCAACUCCUCCAGACCACCAGCAUCACAAAGCCCUACCUCCAAAACCCCUUCCAGAUGUUCCAGACGAGGAUUCCCAAACCCAGAAGCUGGAUUAUCGUAUUCUAGGCCUUUGGAUAGGAGGGUUUGGGAUCUGGUUCCUAGCUAUUGUGGUUUUGUUGCCGGUUGUUACGGAAAGAGACGCCAUGCCGGGGCUGAAUAGGUUGUUGAAGGCGUGGUUUUAUCGGGCAAAAGUGUGGAUUUUGGGGUGAUGGUGGAAUGAUGCUGCAUCUUUUAAUUCUUGGCGGAUAGUCUUGUCCCUACAUUGCAAACGCUGCUAAGGGGGUUAGCCUUUGCGUUGUUAGGGCACUGUUCUACAUCCAUCCAACCAUUCUGUCGGCAAUGUUCAGGUAGUUCUCGGCUCGAUCCC